UGAGAAUGCUGAAAAAGCGUAUUAAAUUUCAUUCUAACAAAAAGAACUAAAUGAGAAACAUAACAAAGGUAUUUCCCCAGCAGAGCCUGCCUCUAAUAAUAGUCGUGUUCUUCCACCUGCUGCGUCCAUUCCCAGGAGUCGCUUCAAUCUACCUGGAGGAGGCGGAGCCGCCACACCUGUCUCUAUUCAUUCCAACAUUUGAUCCCUUCACUCAACUGUUUAUGGAAGCUAAUGGAUCCUCAAUCCAGAAUUCUAUAAUUCGUGACCCCAGUGGAUCCCAGUCACAGACUUCAUGUACCAGAGACCCUAGUGGAUUGCGAAAGGCACUUAAUGAAAUGUCAGUGGAAAUCUAUGAGAAGAAAUGUGGGAAGAAGAGAUACUGUCUUCUGCUUUAUCUGAGUAUCCUUCUGCUCUGCUCCAUCUUCUGGUACACUCUCAGACACAGCCAAUGGGACACUAGUGCAUCAUACUUCUGUAAUUUGCAGGGCAGUACCAUUCGUGACAUCAACACCUCCCGGCUGGACCUUGUGAAGAGUGUCACACUGCACAGGAUGUUGUAUGAGAAGCCAGAUGCUAUGAAGCCUCUGAGGAUGGAUGUCCUGACAAUGACGCCUUGGUUUGCUCCAAUUGUUUGGAAUGGCACCUAUAACUUAGACAUAUUGAAUGCACAGUUCCACCAGAGAAAGGUCCACAUUGGCCUUACUGUAUUUGCUAUUAAGAAGUAUUCAGUCUUUGUUCAGACAUUCAUAGAAACUGCUGAGAAGUUUUUUAUGGUGGGACAUAAAGUCACCUAUUAUAUAUUUACUGAUCGAGUCAGCGACAUUCCCGCCUUUACCCUUAGUGCUGGCAGAAAACUGGUAACACUGGAAGUUCCCAGCUACCAACGUUGGCAAGAUGUGUCCAUGCGACGGAUGGAGAUGAUUCGUGAUCAGUCCCACCAGAGAUUUAUCCAUGAAGUGGAUUACCUGGUGUGUGUGGAUGUUGAUAUGAGAUUCAGUGAUGAGGUCGGGGUUGAGAUUUUAGGAGGCGUGUUUGGGACUUUACAUCCUGGCUUUUUUAGUGCAUCACGGGAACGAUUUACAUAUGAGCGACGACCAGAGUCCACAGCUUACAUUCCCACAGACGAAGGGGACUUUUACUAUGCUGGUGGAUUUUUUGGGGGUACAGUAGAAGAAGUCUACAGACUAACCAGUUUCUGCUAUAAUGCUAUGAUGGUGGAUAAGGAAAAACAAAUGGAAGCCAUUUGGCAUGAUGAAAGCUACUUGAAUAAGUAUUUUCUUUAUCAAAAACCCACUAAAAUUCUUUCUCCAGAGUACCUGUGGGAUAAUAAUUUUGCAGUUCCUGAUUUUCUCAAGAGAAGAAGAUUUGUUGCUGUUCCCAAGAACCAUAAUGCAAUUCGCAGCAAACGAGCACUGCAGGGUGUUUCAGGAACGGAAGGAACGUUUUAUAUGUGAUGAGAUUUCAUCUACUGCAAGUCACAAAACUGUCCAAGCAAACUUUUUUUUUUGUAGAACUAAACUCACCCUAUAGUAGUUGGAUGUGUUUGUGGUCUAUCUAAGAACACAGAGGGCAUUUAGACAAUGUCCGACCUGGCUGUCUUCUUCCUGAGGAAAACACAUUCUAUGCAAUACACACAUCUUAGACUGUUUUCUAUACUGUUGUAAUAUAUUUUUUGUGGUGUGGGAUCACAAUAAAUGUCCAGUUAAAAAUGUU